AUGGUGGCUUUCCCCGACGACAUCAACCGGAACCAGCCCAUGAAGCAUCUGCUCGACAUGGCCGAAACAACUCUGGCAAAAUCCGAGAUGGGUCGCGACUUUGGGAAGCCGGCCCUUGCUUUCAGGGACUAUGUCAAGGCGUCCAUCAUCACCAUCCAGAUCAUUCCCUCCCACAGCGACUAUGUAGAGCUUAAAAGUAGCCGCGCGGACUGGAAUCGAAGACAUCAGACACUCUUGAAACGGAUAGCCCAGCAGAGCGAGAUAUACGAAAAGAUCAAGCGGGAUAUCAUUGCAGAUAACGAGAGGACGGGCGUGAAGCCGACCGUUGCUGCCUCGACCCAGCAGAAAGCCGGCGCAAAUGCUCUCCUCUCGUCGCAGACGGCAUCAGUCAUGGAUACGUCUUCGAACGAACCUCAUACGAACGGCUCCCCUGGAAAGGCCAAACCCACUGUGCACCCCAAGCCACAAUCGCUGGCGGGCCACGCUAUCAAGCCAGGCCAUGCCCGUGCUGCCUCCGCCGCGUCAGCUACGUCCUCGGCCCAAGCCAUGUCAGAUCUUGCGGCGCGAUUUGCCAAUCUACGGGGGCCCCAGCCUUCACCAGGACAGGACCCUCGCAUCAAAACCCACCAUAUUGUUCCAGCGCCCAGCAAGCCUGCUGGGCCCCGGGAUAUGCCCCCUCCUCGUCCCAAAGUGUCCCUGGACAGCGCAAUCCCAGCGCUGCCAAAGAUGCCCGAUGCAAUAUACAGCCCUGCGCGGGGCAGCAUCUCUGGAGAAUCUGCCCGUCUUCCUCCCACCACGCCCCGAGGGCCUUAUAGCCGGGCAGGGUCCAUAGUAUCCCUCAACAGCGGGACAAGCACGCCGUUACCGCAGCAGGGCAAUGACUACUUUUCGUCCCGUUCGAGAAGCCACUCUAGGAACGGAAGGGUUGAGACUCCGCAACCGCCAGAGAGUAGCUUCAAGGUGCCAGAAGGUGACAGGAUCACGCCAGAAGAGCUGUUUGAGGCCAUGAAAGCAAAGGGCUUCUCGGUUCUAAUCAUAGACGUCCGUGCUCGCGAGGACUUUGAUGAGGGCCACAUCAUGUCCUCCUCCACCAUCUGCAUCGAUCCUAAUAUCCUGACUAGGCCGAAUAUAUCCGCUGACGAAAUAGCCGAAAGCCUUGUUCUGUCUCCGAGCCAAGAGCAAACUCAGUUUGAGAGGCGAGCCAGUUACGAUCUAGUGGUGUUCUAUGACCAGGACUCGGAGAAGAUCCCCUCCCCGCUGUGGAAUACGGAAGACACUCCACUGUCAUCCCUCCACCGCGCUCUAGUACACCUCAGCUACGGCUCUGAGCUUCGAAAUGCCCCAAAGCUGCUCAAAGGAGGCCUGGAUGCCUGGGUUGAUCUCAUGGGCUCGGCGUCUCUGCAGUCAACGGCGCCGCCCAAUCCGAAGAAAGUCUCCCUGGUCCGGCAAGGCCCCUUUCAGCGGCGGCCCUCUCAAUAUCUGGGCAAGCCACUCAGGCCCGAUAUAGUCAAGGUCUGGCAGCAAGCCGUUGAGAUCGAAGCGAAGGAGACGGAGAACGCCACAGAGCAAGCUUUCCAUCGUUCAACAGAGUCCUUCUUAAGAAGGUUCCCGUCUUUGUCCUUGCAGGAGUCCAUGACCUCGCCGGCUAUCCCCCAACAAAGGUCCCAAGGCCACGCUGCCCACUCGCACCAGGUUGAAAUAUUCAAUGAUCUGCCCUCUCCCCCCACAAGACCAGCUCCGGCAUUGCCAAGAUCAAGCUACAGCAGUCUGUCUCAAACAGUCGACGACCACGACAUGUACGACCACGCCCAGACAGCUGCCGCUGUCUCAACCUUUGAGAGGACCUACUACACCGGCCUCAACAAUCCCCACAAUUGGUGCUAUGCGAACAGCAUCCUUCAAUCACUGCUCGCAUCACCCUUUUUCGGGAGGUUGCUGGCCCUCUCAGAGUGGUCCAAGAGGUACCAGGUGCCGAAGAAAGACGGCGAGAAGAUUGAACAGCCGCAGCUGAUGACGAAGAUAAUAUCCAAUCUGUUUCAGUGGAUGGCAAUGGGCAAGUUCCAGACUCUCAAAGCUUCGACGCUGAUGAGCUAUUCCUUCAAUCUCUGCCGUAACAGUCACACCGUCCCCCAGUUCGGGGGCACGGGGCAACAGGACGCUCAGGAGUUCAUGUCCUUCUUGUUCGACUACCUCCACGACGAGACUAACACCCGCCGCAAUGUCAACGGCAGUAUCCCACAGCCGAGUACGGCUCCUCAUGCGCGCCUGCAGGCUGCUGUCCAGUACUGGGCCAACUAUCGAGAGCUGAACCAAUCCAUUGUCGAUGACUACUGGCGGGGCCUCGAACUCUCAACAGUCGACUGCCAACGAUGCCACAAGCAGACGCACACAUUUUCGACGUUUGACCUGGUCUUUGCUCCCGUCGGCAACCGUGCCAUUACUCUCGAGGACUCUUUCCGAGAGCACAACGUUGUCAAUACGCUCGACAACUUUGCAUGCGAUACCUGCAAGAUGAACACCCAGGCGAUGCAAACCACCUGCUUUGCCCGCAUGCCGCCGUUGCUGUGCCUGAGCUUCCGCCGGUUCGACUUUGACAAGUCCGUAGGGGACAUCAGGAAGAACACGAGCAGGGUCACUUGGGACUUUAACGAGAUCGACCUGACACCGUACUUUAUGCGGACAAACGAGGGCUCGAGCGAUAGGGCAUUCUCGGGGCCGUUCAAAUACGAGUGCUACGCCGUCAUUGUCCACAGUGGCGGGAGGACGGACAAUGGCCACUACUACGCCUACGUGCGGGACUCGAGCACCCACGAUCCGUAUGCCUGGUUCCGAUGCGAGGAUGAGAUGGUCACCCGGGUACGCAUUGGCACGGGCGACGCCAACGACUAUAAGGAACACGUGUUCAAGUCUGGCAAGGACACGGUUCCGUACCUGGCGUUUUUCAGGAGGAAGGAUAACUGA